GAGAAAGUCAUCCUCUACUUUGGCAUCCGGUGAAGGCAGGUUCCUGCGGAAAACUGCACUAGAGUCCCGCCAUGUCCAGAUCGGGGGACAGGACGUCCACCUUUGACCCCAGCCAUAGUGAUAAUCUGCUACAUGGCUUGAACCUCCUGUGGAGAAAGCAGCUCUUCUGUGAUGUGACCUUGACUGCCCAAGGACAGCAAUUCCACUGCCACAAAGCUGUACUUGCAUCCUGUUCUCAGUACUUCAGAUCUCUGUUCUCUAAUCACCCAGGGCAGGAUGGUCUGUCAUCUGUUUCGAAGGACCAACAGCAGCAGUCAGAUGAGCCCGGAACACCCUCCUCUUCCCCAGAUGAGAAGAUGCUUGUCAGCCCUAGGGCCAUCAACAACUUGGUUUUGCAAGGAUGUUCCUCAAUCGGUCUCAGAUUGGUCUUGGAGUACCUUUACACAGCCAAUGUUACCUUGUCUCUAGAUACAGUCGAGGAGGUAUUAUCAGUCAGCAAGAUCUUGCACAUUCCUCAGGUGACAAAGCUUUGUAUACAGUUUCUCAAUGAUCAAAUUUCAGUGCAGAACUAUAAGCAAGUAUGUAAAAUUGCAGCACUUCAUGGUCUGGAGGAAACAAAGAAGUUGGCCAAUAAGUAUUUGGUCGAGGAUGUGUUGCUGCUCAACUUUGAAGAGAUGCGGUCCAUGCUGGACUCCUUACCACCUCCAGUAGAGUCAGAGCUUGCUCUCUUUCAGAUGUCUGUACUUUGGCUGGAACACGACAGGGAAACACGCAUGCAGUAUGCUCCGGAUCUGAUGAAGAGACUUCGCUUUGCUCUCAUCCCAGCUCCAGAGUUGGUAGAGAGAGUACAGUCAGUAGACUUUAUGAGGACUGACCCAGUAUGCCAAAAGUUACUGCUGGAUGCUAUGAAUUAUCACCUAAUGCCUUUCAGACAACACUGCAGACAGAGCAUGGCCAGCAGAAUUCGAUCCAGCAAGAAGAUGUUAUUAUUAGUCGGAGGACUGCCUCCUGGACCAGACAGACUGCCCAGCAACCUGGUGCAAUACUAUGAUGAUGAAAAGAAGACGUGGAAGAUACUAACAAUCAUGCCAUACAACAGUGCCCACCAUUGCGUGGUUGAAGUGGAAAACUUCUUGUUUGUGUUAGGAGGAGAAGACCAAUGGAAUCCUAAUGGCAAACAUAGUACAAAUUUUGUCAGCCGCUAUGACCCACGAUUUAACAGUUGGAUACAGCUCCCACCUAUGCAGGAAAGGAGGGCCAGUUUCUAUGCCUGUCGAUUAGAUAAGCAUCUGUACGUCAUUGGAGGAAGAAAUGAAACUGGUUACUUGUCUAGUGUUGAAUGCUACAACCUUGAGACAAAUGAGUGGUGCUAUGUGUCCCCUUUACCCCAGCCAUUGGCCGCUCAUGCAGGGGCCGUGCACAAUGGGAAGAUAUACAUAUCAGGUGGUGUUCAUAACGGUGAGUACGUCCAGUGGCUGUAUUGCUAUGAUCCGGUCAUGGAUGUUUGGGCUCGGAAGCAAGAUAUGAACACAAAGAGAGCAAUUCAUGCCUUAGCUGUAAUGACUGAUCGUCUAUAUGCAAUCGGUGGAAACCAUUUAAAAGGAUUCUCUCACCUGGAUGUCAUGCUAGUGGAGUGUUACGACCCAAAAGCAGACCAGUGGAAUAUUCUACAGACCCCCAUUCUGGAGGGGCGCAGCGGCCCGGGAUGUGCAGUACUAGAUGAUCGGUUUUAUCUUGUUGGAGGCUACAGCUGGAGUAUGGGGGCCUACAAGUCAUCAACUAUUUGCUACAGUCCUGAGAAAGCCAGUUGGACAGAAUUGGAGGGAGAUGUUGCUGAGCCCCUUGCUGGUCCGGCAUGUGCCACUGUCAUUCUACCAGCCUGCGUCCCAUACAACAAAUAGAGGGUACAAUGGGAAGGACACUUCAACGUUAAAAAGACUUUUUUCUUUGAGAAUCCUUUUCAUCCUUUUAAAGGGUUGUCCAAGCAUUAGAGAAAUGAACAAUGUCUUAAAGGUCAACACUAGGACUUGCUAUGAAGCUGACAAAGCUA